GGGGUGGCUGAAAUAACCCUUGGUAUUCUGGUUUCUUCCAUUUGGUUUUGCAUCUCUCCCUAAAUACCAUCUAAAUGCAACCUCCUGCUUUUGUUCUUCAUUUUUGCUUGUCUGUUAAGAGAUUUGCGACAGAUUUCCACCUCUUUGGGGUGAAAAACAUUCAGACAGAGCACAGUACAUACAUACAGGUGAAUACUGUCUUUCAGGUUUUGUGGAUACAUGGAUUUGGAACUCCUUGAGGUCAGCUUUGACUUCAGAUUUGCUGUGUGCUUCUCGGGACAGUUCAUCUUCAUUAUUAACCAAAAAGUUUAGUAUUAUAUCACCCAUUAUGUAAUUCUGUAGUUGUGUUACUUGCAAGCACAUACACUGCUUUUGUGUGAAAAUGAUUCUUCUGAAAUCAGGAAAAAAAUCAGGAAAAAGUUAAAACUUCCAACUUUCUAACAAAAAAGUUAGACAGAAAAGGGUAAUGCAUACUUGCUGCACCGAGCUGGGAUAUCAGUGCAGUACCAUACCCGGGAAUUUGAAUUAACAUCAUUGCUGGGAUAUAGCUACAUGAGAAGAGGUCUGUGUGCUUUAAAGUUCUGCACUUAUUUGCAUCAUCUGGUGUUUCAGCACAUGCUCUUGAACUCAUCAAGUGGCUGAUGGAUGUGUUUGUAAAGACUCGGCUGGUCACUUUAUACGCAACGAUAAACCCGCUGUUGUACUUAAUGAGAUGGGGACCCUGUGUCGGCGCGGGAGCCAUUAGUGGCGAAAUUGCUGCACAUUGCCAUGACGACGAGCCGCUGCAGCCACCUGCCCGAGGUGCUGCCCGACGGCCCCGGCUCGGCGGCCCCCGCGGGGAAGAGCGCCAGUGGUGGGCCUGGGCCCGGCCCGGCCGGCGGGCGCCCGCACUAUGUCAUGCAAGUGUCGGCCAAGGACGGGCAGCUGCUCUCCACCGUGGUGCGGACGCUGGCCACGCACAGGCUGGAUGUGCUAGCUCGGACGUGCAUGCAGAGCAUCACAGCGCAACUUCAUACCACUCCCAUGUUCUCAGACGGCUGUAAAAGCAGCAGCCCCUUCAAUGACAGGCCGAUGUGCAGGAUCUGCCACGAGGGCAGCAGCCAGGAGGACCUGCUUUCUCCAUGCGAAUGUACGGGGACUCUGGGGACGAUUCACCGCAGCUGCCUGGAGCACUGGCUGUCGUCUUCAAACACCAGCUACUGUGAACUCUGCCACUUCAGGUUUGCAGUGGAGCGCAAACCCAGGCCCUUGGUAGAGUGGCUGAGGAACCCGGGCCCCCAGCACGAGAAACGGACUCUCUUUGGAGACAUGGUGUGCUUCUUGUUCAUAACGCCGCUGGCGACCAUCUCCGGCUGGCUGUGUCUGCGGGGAGCGGUGGACCACCUGCACUUUAGUAGUAGGCUAGAAGCCGUUGGCCUCAUUGCACUCACUGUCGCACUCUUCACUAUUUACCUCUUUUGGACCCUAGUGUCGUUUCGGUAUCACUGCAGGCUCUACAACGAGUGGCGCCGCACCAACCAGCGGGUGAUCCUGCUCAUCCCCAAGCCGGCGGCCGUCGCCUCCGCGCAGCAGUCGCUGCUGGGGCUGCAGCCCAUCAAGAGGAACUCCAAGGAGACAAUCGUCUGAUCGGGGCCGUCCCGCGCCGGGGCCACGCACUAAAUAGGUUUCCUCGCGCCCGUGGGGGUCAGAUACCGCCCCAGAGCCUGCUAUUCCGAUUUACAGACUCUUUGCGGAGGAAGAAAUCACUGUUUUAAUUCAAAUCACGGAUGCUGCAAUCAUAUGAUAUUUGCUAAGCUGCCAAACAUGUUUAUUUAGCAGAUACUGUAUGGAAUUCUACAAACUUAUGUUAAUACUUGCAUCAUCAAGCGAUGCAGACUUUUUUAUUAUUGUUUAAAAAUAUUAAACUAUGAUAAUUAACAAUGCAAGACAGAUGUAAAAAGUGCUUUGUUUUUAUCAUUUACUGCUACUACAGUAUUAUUUUCUUUGGAUAGCAGCCAGUGCUGUAUGUUUUUGUUUUUUCCUGAAUCACAGGGCUGACAUUGCCUUUAUAUACACGUAUAGAUAUAUACACACAAUUUUAAGAACCUUUUAUACUAUUAACUUGGAUUAUUAGAAUACCUUUUUUAAUAUUAUGAGUUCUACAAAUUGGCAUAUUAUUUAAACACUAUAAAAUUGUUAGAAAAUGGUCUCCUGUUUCUUGUUUGGUAGGGAAGUUCCGAUAGGAAAAUUCUCCAGUAAUAAAUGUGGAAUGUGUGAGAGCAACAAGUGACAGAUUACAGUAAUCUUCCUGCCCCAAAGUAUUUUAUUAAGUAACUCUCAGGAGAGAAAAAAAAAUUCAGGCAGAAAUAACAAAUUAGGCAUCGCAUUCUGCACUGAAGCUCUACUGGUGUGAAUUUGUAGUUAGCCAAUUUACUCUGUUUUUACACCAAGCGGAAUUUAACCCUAAUUGUAUAAAUUAAUUUUGUAAGGAAAACUCUGUAUACAUAAUGAAUGAGAUCAUUAGACAUGUCUUCAGAAGCAGGAACUUGUCUUGCAUUAUAAUUAGCAUUACUUUAAAGCUGCAGAAUUUUCAGUUUGACAGGUAGAUUUAGCAGAGCGUACGUAAACCCUGACCUUCCAUUGUAGCACUGAGACUAAGACUCUUUUUAAAAAAUGUACGACACAGCCUACUAUUGUGACCAAAUUGAAUUUGGAGUCUAAAGACUCAAUUUAAUUCCUGGGUGGCAUUAUCUGUUUCCCCUUUGCCUUCAUGACCAAUUCAUUCACUGAUUUUUGGCUCUCAGAGGAGACAUAUGCUUACAUGGAGAGACUCAUUUUACAGAAUCAUACAAAACUCUAUUAACAAAUGCUGCUAAAACCAGCAAGUGACAUGUAGCCUCUUCAAAUAUAUAUAUCGCACAGUUUCCCCACCCCCACCCCCUUUUGGGGUAGACUGUAGUGACACCAUGUGCUGCGUUCUCCAAACUGUGCAGGAACUGAAAAUAAAAGGAGCCCAAAGCAACAAGGGUAAUGAUUUCUAAUUUGGAUAAAGGCAAUAUGGGUGUUUACCAUCAGGCAAGAGCUUAUUUAAUGUUGAGCUCUAGGGAAGAAAAAGCUUAGUACCCAUGAACAGACCUGUGAGUCUCUUUAUGCCAUCUUUGGCUCAGUCUAGCUAUAGCCAUGUAUGUAGUGCAACAGUAUUCUCUGCAGCCAUCAAUUCUGUGGGGCUAGAGGACUGAACCGUCUAUAUGAAGCAACACCAGCUUUGUUCAGACAUGAAACCGCAUUUUCACAGCGAGCCAUCAUCAGCUCCUGUGUAGGAAAGCCAUGAACUUGCAAGGCUGCACUCAUUAGUCUGUAAGGUCAGGAGCUGGUCCUAUGUUUGAUAGUGGGUACCCGCUUCUCUUCCAGAAUAAAACUGUAGGAAAGUUGUACAGAAUUCUGAAGACACGGAUAUCUGAAGACAUCACAAACUCUGUGAUGGCCUAAACCCUAUAGUGCUUUUUUAUCCUCUUUCCAAAGAAAAGAAACUCUCUGGAUAGAGGACAAAAAAGGAAAAGCACAUCAGCAGAGAUUUCCAGGUUAAAAGAAAAUCUGCUAGCCGGGGGCACUGAAAUAAAGCAUGUCUAGCUGGGUCAGAACACUGUCAGACUAGGAGCCACUAGCAAGUCUCCCAUGCAUUUUCUGGAAUACUCCCUGCCCCCAGCCACACACCCACCUUUUUGCAUUAUACCCAUGAAAAAAGCAGCAUACUUCACACACUUGUUUUUUUAAAAAUAUAAGAACAGGAAGGUGGGUGAUGCUGUUUUACUCCCACUUCCACGCUGAACUAAGGACCAGACUAGUAUUGCUUUUCCUUCCAUUAGUUGAGGCUAUUCUUGCUAUGCCACAUCCAAAUUUGGAUUAACAAUUCCACAACUGAAACACUACAACAGAAAUUCUACAACAGCAGUAGCAUUCAAUUUUUUUUCCUUCUGAAUAAAUGUAAGAAACAGAAUUAACUGCAACACUAGCUAGAGCUAACAAAGCUCCUGGCAGUACAAUGACAUCUUUGUUAUGCUGUCCUUAAAGGCUUUCCAGUUAAGCAAAAAUAAGUCAACUAAUGAAAGGAUGGGAAAGAUUUGGGGUUUUUUUUUGGUUUUUUUUUGUUUUGUUUUUAAAUGUAGCUCAGUCUUUCCCUAUCCUUUCUUCUUGUGCAGCUGGUCUUGCCAUUUACAUUCUUUUUCUACACAAGAAAUGCUAGAGAGAGUAGUAUUCAAUAUUUUGAGCUGAAAAUGAUAAGCAGCAAUUUAAGCCGUCCAAAAGAAAAAAAAGAGAAAAAACCCUCUGAGAAAAAUAGACAUAAUACAAUUCUGUUCCCUUCUUUCACAUCCUGCUUUCUGAUGAUAAAGAUUGCCAUCCUAAGUGUGCAGAGUUGGCCACACAGAGUCCAUUACAAUUCAAUAUUAAUAACAUGAGUGCCAUGCAAAAUGAAGAUGACAAAUUUCACUUCUACAUAACCUUUUCCCUGAAAGCUUAGUCUAUCACAUCAUGCAGAACAACAAACAAGACAAAAUUCAAACAAGGGUAAAGCAGUGGUAUUUGAUAAAAGAAUGGUGGUGAACAGGCAAGAGAUGCAAAAUCAGGAAGCUGCCCGAUUCCUUGAAUUUCUACUGCAGUGAGAAGAGUUAAGUAGAGGAAGCAACAGUGUAACAGUUUCCCCCUCAGGAAGAAGGGGAAAAAGUACACUGCAACCAAUGGAAGAAAUUAAUAGGGAAGAACUUAGAUGAGUUUUCAGAGAUACAGCAGAUCUCUGUUCAACAAGAGGGAAGUCGCUGCACAGGUAGGAUGAAGAGCCUUCAAGUUUUUGUACUCCACUAUAUAAUUCUGUCAGAUUAAGACUUUAAAUUAUCAUUUGGAUUUUAUUUAUUAAAAAUAGCUUUGCAUCAGUUACACAGUAGGAAAUCAUGCAGAGUGAUUUGACAGCUUAGCAGGUGAAGGAGGGAAUCAGGGCCCAUAUACAUAACCAGCCUUGAUGCCACAAAGAUAACCAGAGCGCUGCAAUCAGAGUAAGAUAUGAAGAGCUACUGGGAGGACCAUUUACACAUAGAAAAAGACCUAAAAAACUUUCCCUUUCAAAUGAAAUUAAGUUUAAAAAAAAGUUACUGUUAAUUAUUAAACUCAUCUGUUACUGCUUAUGAGACCAAGCUCUAUUUACCGCACAGCUGCUUAAUUAAACAAGCAUUUUCCUUA